UUGGGGCGUCCAUACCCUAACCUUAACUCCUACCCUUACCAUUUUAUAUUUAAACUUCAGUGGCAUAGAGACGUUCCAAGGAUCCCAGAUAGCACUGAUCGUGCUGGGACAGAGUCCCUGCUGCACUAUUUGAAAGGAAAAGACGGAUUGGAGCUGGAGUAAUGAGUGACGUUAUCUGGUGGAAAGAGGGAGGGCGAAAAAGAGACGGCUGGACUCCAUUAGCUGAAGCCUGAGGAGACCCUUUGGGAUACUUCACUUGGACGAGUUCUUUGGGAUUUUCUCUUUGAACAGACCUAGAUACAUGAUUUAGAAGAAAAAAACGCGUUGACUAUCGAAUCCUCGGAAGUUUUAGUGGCUUUUUGGAUUUGGCUUGGUGUAUUUGAGAAGGAUGGCGCUGGACGGUAUACGGAUGCCCGAUGGCUGCUAUGCCGACGGGACGUGGGAACUGAAGAUGCACGUGACAGACCUGCACAGGGAUGUGUCUUUGAGGGUCACUGGCGAGAUCCACGUUGGUGGGGUCAUGCUCAAACUCGCGGAGAAACUCGAUGUGAAGAAGGACUGGUCGGACCACGCCCUGUGGUGGGAGAAGAAGAAGACGUGGCUGCUGAAGACCCACUGGACCCUGGACAAGUAUGGUAUCCAGGCAGACGCCCGGCUCCUCUUCACUCCCCAGCACAAGCUGCUGCGCCUGCAGCUGCCCAACAUGAAGCACAUGAAGGUCAAGGUCAACUUUUCUGACCGCGUCUUCAAGGCCGUGUCCGACAUCUGCAAGACUUUCAAUAUCCGUCAUCCAGAGGAGGCAUCUCUACUCCGUAAGCCCCGCGACCCCAAGAAGAAGAAGAAAAAGCUGGAAGAGGCUGAGGAGGAGGCUCUGGAGCUGGAGGGGCCACUACUCACCCCAGGAUCAGGUACCUCUGAGAUAAUUUACAUCGGGCCGGUCAAAGGGAGCAUCUACUCCAGUCCCGGCCUGUACAGUAAGACCAUGACUCCCACUUAUGACUCCAGAGACGGAAGCCCCCUAUCCCCCACUACCGCCUGGUUUGGAGACAGCCCCCUGUCCGAGGGCAAUCCCAGCAUCCUCGCUGUCAGCCAGCCAAUCUCCUCGCCCGAUAUCCUGGCCAAGCUCUACAAGCCCCAAUCCCUCCUGGACAAGGCCAAGAUCAACCAGGGCUGGAUGGACUCAUCCAGGUCUCUGAUGGAGCAGGAUGUCAAGGAGAAUGAGGUGCUCCUCCUGCGGUUUAAAUACCAUAGCUUCUUUGACCUCAACCCCAAGUAUGAUGCCAUCCGGGUGAACCAGCUCUAUGAGCAGGCCAAGUGGGCCAUCCUGCUGGAGGAAAUAGAGUGCACCGAGGAGGAGAUGAUGAUGUUUGCUGCCCUGCAGUACCACAUCAACAAGCUGUCCAUCAUGUCGUCAGACAACCACAUGAACAACAGUGAGAAGGAGGUGGACGAGGUGGACGCUGCCCUGUCAGACCUGGAGAUCACCCUGGAGGGAGGCAAGACCUCCAACACCCUGGGUGAUAUCACGUCCAUUCCCGAACUGGCUGACUACGUCAAAGUCUUCAAGCCAAAGAAACUGACACUGAAAGGCUACAAGCAGUACUGGUGCACGUUCAAGGACAUCACAAUUUCCUGCUACAAGAGCAAAGAGGAGGCUCAUGGGACACCCUCUCUCCAAAUGAAUCUAAGAGGUUGCGAGGUGACACCAGAUGUCAACAUCUCCGCUCAGAAAUUCAACAUCAAGUUACUUAUCCCGGUAGCUGACGGCAUGAACGAGAUCUGGCUGCGGUGUGACGCUGAGAAGCAGUAUGCCCACUGGAUGGCAGCGUGCCGGCUGGCCUCUAAGGGGAAGACCAUGGCAGACAGCUCCUACAAUCUGGAGGUCCACAACAUUCUGUCCUUCCUCAAGAUGCAGCACAUGAACCCUGACCCCCAGUUCAUUGCGGAGCCAGCAGUCACCAACGACAUAAACUCUGAGUGCCUGGUGUCUCCACGCUACCUGAAGAAGUACAAGAACAAGCAGCCAGGCUAUAUCAGGGACCUGAUUUCGGCCCGGAUCCUGGAGGCCCACCAGAACGUGGCCCAGAUGAGUCUGAUCGAGGCCAAGAUGCGCUUCAUCCAGGCUUGGCAGUCCCUGCCCGAGUUUGGCAUCACUCACUUCCUGGCCAAAUUCCAGGGUGGGAAGCGGGAUGAGCUGAUCGGUAUCACCUACAACCGUCUGAUCCGGAUGGACGCCAACACCGGAGACGCCAUCAAGACUUGGAGGUUCGCCAACAUGAAGCAGUGGAACGUCAACUGGGAGAUCAAGAUGGUGACGGUGGAGUUUGCAGAUGAGCCCAGCCUGGCCUUCAUCUGUGCGGAGGUGGACUGUAAGGUGGUACAUGAGUUCAUCGGAGGCUACAUCUUCUUGUCCACGCGCGCCAAGGACCAGAACGAGUCUCUGGAUGAGGAGAUGUUCUACAAGCUGACCAGCGGUUGGGUCUGAGUCUGACUACCCUAUUCCAGGGGUCAGAGAUUAGGGGUCAAGAGGGGAGGGAUGGUGGGGACUAGAUCUUAUCAGUUUAUUUGAUUUGUUAUAUAUUUUUGCUGGUUUUAUUUUGGAGCUGUGCUGAAGAGGCCCACACGGCUGCCCACUAUCGUUAUUGCUGUUAAGAAGCUGACACCCUUUAUUUUUUGUUGCGUUAAUGCUGACAAAGGUAUUUGUAAACACUAAUAUUUUGCGCAAUGCUGCAGCCCAGAUGAUCUCUGAACUCCAAACCCUGCCUGUGGCUCCCCCAUCAUUCUCCAAUGCACAGGGGACAUCGUCUACUUCCUCAAGCAGCUAUCACAAAGCUAUGUCCCUGAGAACGUAUCACAUGUCAGGAGACCCCCCCCGUACUCCGACUCACCUGAAGGAACUGAUCAAAUUGGCCCGUCAGCAACUCCACUACGUCGUCGUAAUCCGACCAGACCACAAAAUCAUGUGUUAAUGAAGAAUCACAUGAUUUAUUUAUCCAUGUUUUGUUUUCCUCUUUUAAUCUGGCAUUUUAGUAAGAUGUGGUGCUCUACUUAGUCUUUGAAGUGGCCAGUGGUUUGCCUCACAUGCUACUCCUGUGAUAUGAUACUCUGUCUAAUUUAUGCUGCGGAGUGCCACUUCACUCUCACGUAUUGUACACCCACAUAUUAACUCCCUUUAGUAUCAAUAUAGGCAGUAGCAAUCACCAAAGUCUGAGUAUCAGCAAAACGGCGACACACUUACUUCCUCGGCAGAGACAGGAAGUGAUAUGGGGUAAUUUCCUUCCGUCAUUAAGGAAAGGCUGAGGAACGCAUAGCUCAUGGAGAGACUGUCCUCUCCACCCAAUGAAGGAUUUUCAUUUGAUCUAACUAGUCCAUAUGAAGUCACGUGUAAGCACUUCUCCAGUGUACAUAUGAUCCCUUUAUGAAUAAGCUGUAGUAGUUAAAUUAAUGUUUUUUUAUGGUGUUUUCUUUCUGAGCAUACCUCCAGUGGCAGUUUCCUCUCCCCUGUGUUCAGUAGUGUGCUUGAAGAGUUGAAACAAGCCUUGGUGCACACCUACAGUCGUGUUUUCCUGUUGUCUUGAUUAUUUAGUAUGUCAGAAAAACCGGUUCUGAAUAUACACAGAGCUCAACCAGGGUGAAUGUCCUACAAUGUGUUCUGUAAACACCUCAAUAACCAUGCCUAGUUCUUACAGCUAAAAUAUGUCAGUGUGGUGCUUGAUCAUCUAGAAGGGGUCACUCAAGGAUACUCUGUUUGAGAAGUUAUUUUUCUGGUUAUGUUGACAAGUCCUGAGGUAAUUACUGAAAAUGCGAAUGAGUAUGUUAUUGUCAUGGAACAUGUGGUGCCAUGAAGGCUUGUUGGCCAAAUGAUGUGGCUCAGGUACAUGCUGCCAGCCACAUAGGGUUGUCAGAUGCCCACAGCAUGUAGGAAAGGCCUCAGCUCUGCCUUGAGACUCAGACCCUUGCCAUUGCAUUGUGCAUGUAUAGUACAGCUGGAGGGAUAUUACCAAUAACAGCGUUCCCAAAUGCAGCCGCCUCCUUUAUGUUAUCGACGUUCUUUAUCUUACACCGUAUAGUAUUACUAUUAUUCAGUACCGUUUUCAUUGUUACGCACCAGCAAUAGGUCACCAAGUUUGAAGAAUGAAUUAUGCAAAGUCCGGGUUUUUUUUUUCUCGGUAUGAAGGAACAUUAAAUGAAGUAUUCGUUUUUUGUAACUUAUGUAAAAACACAGGUUUAAUUGAAUUGUACAGUUGUUUUGUUGCUGCUUUUUUUUUGGGGGGUGGGGGGUGUAUUUUUUUUCCCAGAUAAGAGCGGGGAGCCAUUAGUCAACAUUGUGUAGUAUGAAGAUUUGUGCCUGCCAAUGUUACGGUCUUAUUGAGUUAACAUGAUCUAUAUAUGAAGAUAACACUAGUCUCAAACUCCAGGUUGGUAGAAAGUUAAUGAAGAUUUGUCUCACACUACUUAUUAUUAUUUUCAGAACCAUUGAUAAAAGGGCUUUUCAAUGUACUUUUUUCUUCUUGCCUCUCCUAUAAGCAGAAUUACAUUGCUAAUUUCUAUUCUUGCCUUUUUCUUGGCACUGAAUUUGCGCUCUAGCUCUGUAAAAUUUCACCAAUGACACCUCCCUAGGCUAUCAAACUCUUAUUCUGUUCAGUGCCUUUAAAAAAUAUAUCACUUAAUUUUCAGAUUUGAUCACCAUUGUAGCUUUUCUUUGAACAAUGUUUUUGGUAUGAAGGAGACCCUUUUAGUUGAGAUGGAACCUAGUGUUUGAGACAAACGAGCGUAAAUUAACUGAAGAGAAGGAAGCUUAGCCUAUUUUUUUUUCCUACUAUAAUGUUGUUUUUUGUUUGCCCCCAAUGUCCAGAGCAGCAGUGCAUGGCCUGCUGUUUUCAGACUGCAAAGAAAUGCAUUUAUUUUAAAAAAUAAAAAUACUUUUUAUUUAA